AUGGACGCCUUUGUCUCCCGGAAAAAGAGGAAGCUAUCUUCGACCGAACCGGCAACCACGAUCGAGGAUAUCAGUGCCUUGAGCUCGCCCGACGAUGAGUCUACAGACUUCAAACUGGCCUUGCUUUCCUCCUUGCACCCGUACAUCGAGCAACAUGUUCUUCUCGAUAUUCUUUUAGCUCAUAACGGCUCAGUAGAGGCCGCCUCGACGUCAUUGAAGCCUUCCGACUCGCCACCGAGAAAACCCUCAGCUGCAACGGGGUAUCAAAGUUCUCUCUCACCCUUCGUUGCCCAAAUGGACUCUUUGGAUGGUCCAGCAAAGCGAGCGAAGCUUCUUUCCAAGAAGGGGAAAACGUUGCAUCUGUACGACCCUGCUGAUGUCGCUGCUCAUACCCCGUGCACGAUCAUCCACAAUUUCCUCCCACCGGAAGUGGCGAAUGCGUUACUCGUAGAGCUGCUCAAAGAGGCUCCCACCUUUGAGAGAGCAACUUUCAAGCUAUUCGACAAUGUGGUUCAAAGCCCUCAUACUGCAUGCUUUUAUGUGGAGUCGUACGAAGAGAUGCAGAGGCAGAAAUCGGACUACCUCUACAAUGGAGCACUUCUUACAGAUGUUCGACAACUCACUCCUCAAAUGCGGAGAGUCUCUCCCAUCGUUCAAGAAGCAGUCAACUCCGAGAUCACAAAGCGUGUCAAAGACCACUACCCCAACGGCCAAAAGCUCAAACAUCAGUCUCCGCACUCGUGGAAACCCAACGCCGCCAAUGUAAACUGCUACGACGGCGCAGCCGAGAGUGUGGGAUACCAUAGCGAUCAGCUCACCUAUCUUGGUCCUCGAGCCAUCAUCGGUUCCAUAUCUCUGGGCGUCGCUAGAGAAUUCCGAGUCCGACGCAUAGUUCCCCAAGAAGAAGACAAGAAAGAUAAAUCUAAAGAAGACUCUGAUGCUCAAGGGCAAAUCGCCAUCCACCUCCCACAUAACUCGUUACUGGUGAUGCAUGCCGAGAUGCAAGAGGAGUGGAAACAUAGCAUAGCGCCAGCACAAGCCAUUGAUCCGCACCCAAUCUCAGCAAACAAGAGAAUCAAUAUUACUUAUCGAGACUACAAGGCUAAUCUGCAUCCGCGUAUCACACCUAGAUGUAAAUGCGAUGUUCCGGCUGUAUUGAGAGUUGUACAGAGGAAGAAGGAGAACUGGGGAAAGUACUUCUGGAUGUGUCAUGCCGGAAAUGUUCCUGGGAAAGAGGGAUGCACGUUUUUCGAGUGGGCGAAGUUUGAUGAUGAUGGAGAACCUAUUUUUGGGAAACAGAAGGGUAAAGUUGACGAGACAAUUUCGAGAGAGCCUUGA